AUGUCGGCUGCAAACAACAAAAACAAGGUCGUCCUCAUCACCGGCACUUCUCAGGGGGUCGGUUUGGGACUCGCCAAGAGCUACCUCGAGCGAGGAUGGACCGUUGUUACUGCCGUCCGCAGUCCCGAGACGGCUCCCAAGCUCGGAGGUAAGAGCAUCCUCGUAAAGAUCGACCACUCUUCCCUUACCGACUUUAAAGACGCGGUCGAAGAGCUCAAGACCAAGCACAACAUCACUCGCCUCGACACCGUCAUUUCCAACGCUGGCGCCAACGACAGGGGCUCUCUCCUUUUGGAAGCCGACGCCGACGAGUUCGACUGGGACUACAAGGUCAACACUCGUGGCCCGUUGCUCCUCUACCAAGCUACCAGGCCUCUCUUGAAGGACGAUGGAACUUUUGCCGUCAUCUCCAGUCUUGCUGGGUCCAUUACGAGGGACUUUUUGUGGGAGAGAUUCGGCCUAUACGGCGCCAGCAAGGCAGCUGUGAAUUACCUUGUUCGUACCAUUCACCACGAGGAGCCCGCUUUGAAGGCUUUCACCAUUCACCCGGGGAUCGUUGAUACGUACGUUGCUUGA